AUGGCAGAUUCAGAUCUGUGGGUGACAAAGUCGAGGAGGGACACCUCAGGAGCAGCGUCUCAAGGGUCUGGCGCAUCGUUAGCAGGAUCCAUCAUCCAUCGAGUGCUCUCUGGUGGUACACACCUCGACAGCCAGUACUAUGGACACGACUAUCAAGAGGAGCAACGAGAAAAGACAUUGGAGGAUGAUACUAGCACCGACGAAUCAGACUUCCCCGAGAGAGAGGAGCGAGAGGGAAAAGAUGGACAAGAUGCCGAGAUUUUACCAGAAAUCCGGGACGGAAUCGAAGACAAGAGAGAUGUUGAGGCUGGUCCGAAACUGGAGAAUUCGCAGACAACGAAAAGUAGUAGGAGUGCGAGAGAUCCUAACUUGGUGGGAUGGGAGAGAAACGAUCCGAAUAACCCCAAGAAUUGGUCUGUGGGUCGGAAAUGGUCUGCUACAUUAAUUGUAUCUGCGUUUACGUUUAUUUCCCCCGUCUCAAGUUCUAUGAUAGCUCCGGCUGUCAACGCCAUUGCCGCCGAAUUCAAUAUUACCAAUGAUAUCGAGAAAAGUUUGACGCUGUCUAUAUUUGUACUAGCUUAUGCUGUUGGCCCGCUGUUAUUGGGACCCUUGUCGGAGUUGUAUGGACGGAUCAUUAUCCUUCAAUCUGCAAAUCUCUUCUAUCUAUUCUUCAACCUUGGAUGUGGUCUCGCUCAGACUAAGCAGCAAUUGAUUGCAUUUCGCUUUCUCUCUGGGUUAGGGGGGUCCGCACCUUUAGCAAUCGGUGGUGGUGUCCUCAGCGACUUGUUUACACCCGAGGAGCGUGGGAAAGCCCUCAGUAUCUACAGUCUUGCUCCGCUUCUCGGGCCAGCCAUCGGACCCAUAGCAGGAGGAUUCGUCACGCAGAAUACGACGUGGAGAUGGGUGUUUUACGCAACUACAAUCACGGACGGGCUGAUUCAAUUUUUGGGCCUCUGGUUCCUUCAGGAAACAUACGCACCCGUUCUUCUGGACCGCAAGAAGAAGCAGGCGAUCAAGGAGACUGGGAACGAGGCUUUACAUACCGAAUACGACCAACCAGACCGUACGGUCGCCAAGGCUCUGCGUACUUCCCUUUCUCGACCUUUCAUACUCUUGGGUACUCAGAUAAUCGUCCAAUUACUUGCACUGUAUAUGGCGUAUCUCUACGGCAUCAUGUACCUGGUCCUUUCCACUUUCCCUGGACUAUGGGAGAAUAAGUACGGCCAAUCAGUGGGCAUCGGUGGUCUAAACUAUAUCUCGCUUGGCGUUGGCUUCUUCUUGGGAACUCAAGUUGCAGCGCCUCUUCAAGAUCGCAUCUACCUAGCCCUCAAGAAGCGCAAUAACGGCGUCCGUAAGCCCGAAUUUCGCGUGCCAUUGAUGAUACCCGGAGCCAUCCUCGCUCCGGUCGGGCUGUUCUUGUACGGGUGGAGUGCACAAGCCAAAACUCACUGGAUCGUUCCGAACAUCGGUGCGGCAAUAUUUGCUGCGGGUACGAUUAUCGGGUUCCAGUGUAUUCAAUCAUAUAUUGUCGAUUCCUACACACGAUACGCUGCCAGCGCUGUAGGAGCAGCUACUGUUCUGAGAUCUCUGGCGGGAUUCGGGUUCCCACUGUUUGCUCCUUACAUGUACAGGAAGUUGGACUACGGGUGGGGAAACAGCUUGCUGGCCUUCAUCGCUAUAGCGCUGGGCUGGCCGGCACCAUUUCUUUUGUGGAAAUACGGUGAGAGGCUGAGGAAUAAGAGCACGUUCGCCUCUGGAUGA